AUGUCAAUACGCAGCGUAUUGAUCCCUACUCACCGUAUUACUUUAUUCACGUGCCCUGGACAACAUCGUAUCAGGUCAAAUCAGUCUGCCAAUACGCAGCGUAUUGAUCAAUACGCACCCUAUGGAUACGAUGCGGUGGCCGGAGACAUUACAAUACUUGCACACCGUUCGGAUAGAGUGGCUUUCACAUUGCCAUACACAGAGGCCGGUGUUUCGUUGGUUGUUCCAAUCAAAGAUGAAAGAAAGAGUGCAUGGAUCUUCUUGAAACCCUUAGAGAAAGAGCUUUGGAUAACAACUGGUGCAUUUUUCAUAUACACUGGAAUCGUGGUAUGGGUUAUUGAGCAUCGCGUAAACGAAGAGUUCCGAGGUGCUCCUCAUAAACAAGUGGGAAUGCUCUUGUGGUUUUCCUUCUCCACACUUGUCUAUGCACACAGGGAGAAGUUGAUCAGCAACUUAUCGAGAUUUGUGGUGAUCGUGUGGGUGUUUGUGGUGCUGGUGCUGACCUCGAGCUACACCGCGAGCUUGACAUCAAUGUUAACGGUACAAAAGCUUCGGCCUACAUACACUGACAUCAAUGAGAUCAAGAGAAAUGGAGAAUCAAUAGGAUACCAAGAUGGUUCUUUUGUCAGGGAUAUGUUGAUACGUAUGGGUUUUAAUGACACUCAGUUGAAAGGCUAUAGCACAUUUGAGCAGUACCACGAUGCCCUCGAAUUAGGAAGUCAAAACGGAGGUGUUUCUGCGAUUAUGGAAGAGCUUCCUUAUAUUAGGGUUUUUGUGGCUAAAUACUGUAACAUGUAUACCAUGAGAGGUCCCAUCCACAAAACUGCAGGUUUUGGUUUUGCAUUUCCAGUAGGGUCCCCUCUUGUCCAUGAUGUUUCUAAGGCAAUCUUACAAGUGACUGAGAAGCAAAUGAUGAACAUAACCAACCACUGGUUUAAAGAAGAUGCCAACUGUGAUCAGCAGCUGAAGGGGCCUCAAAUGAAAACUGAGGGGUUCGGGCUCAAUAGCUUUAAGGGAGUUUUCCUCAUUGCCGGGUUAUCAUCCACCUCGGCUCUCCUGAUUUUCGUCUUAAGGUUUUUGUAUCAAAAUAGAGAAAUGUUGGUGUCACAAGAUCAUUCAGUCAGCCAAAAGCUUUUGGUUAUGGUAGAAACAUUUGAUGUCUUGAGGGAUAAUAAAUCUAAAACAACAAUUCCAAAAGGAGCGGUUCAUGUGGAAUCUCACAACAAUAAUAGUCCAGCAAUUAGUGUGUUCCAUCAAGAAGCAGAAGUUUUCUCUCAGGAUGAAGAGUUUUCUAGUACUCAACCAGGGAGUCCGUUAGUUCUUGACACAAUACAAGUUGUACAAACUACAACUAAUUAAACAUGUUCAAUUGUUCAUAAUGCUAAUUAAUCUUACACACACUCUUUAA